CUUCCACUGGGGUACGGAAGCAUGAUGUCAUUGUAAAAACGAAGGAAUCUCUGCGAUCAUUGUGCAACGCUGAAGCCGAAAAUCUGCCGAGAUUGCAGGCGUUGCAAGAUUGCUCGUGUCGUUUAGAUCGCGUCUCAGAAGAAAAGACCGAAUGCAUUUGCAGUAACAGAAGCAGCGGGGUAAACCCCUUGUGUUUGCUGAUCAUGAGCAUGGAGGAUUAUGACUAUUUAUUCAAAAUUGUGCUGAUAGGAAAUGCAGGAGUGGGGAAAACCUGCCUCGUCCGACGCUUCACUCAGGGCCUGUUCCCUCCUGGACAAGGUGCGACCAUAGGAGUGGAUUUUAUGAUCAAAACUGUUGAAAUUAAAGGAGUAAAAGUAAAGCUCCAGAUCUGGGACACAGCCGGGCAGGAGAGGUUUCGCUCAAUAACCCAGAGCUACUACCGCAGUGCCAACGCCCUCAUCCUCACCUACGACAUCACCUGUGAAGAUUCCUUCCGGUGCCUUCCCGAGUGGCUGAGGGAGAUUGAGCAGUAUGCUAACAACCAAGUGGUGACAAUCUUAGUAGGGAAUAAGAUCGACUUGGCCGACAAGCGAGAAGUCCAUCGGCAGCGAGCUGAGGAGUUUGCAGAGGCUCAGAGCAUGUUGUAUCUGGAGACUUCUGCCAAAGAGUCGGACAACGUGGAGAAGCUCUUCCUGGACCUGGCUUGCGAACUGAUCCGCGAGGCCAAGCAAAACACGUUGGACAACAACGACUCCACCCCCAUGCCCGGAGAAGGGAAAAACAUCAAUUAUUUGGGUUGCUGCAGCAUGAACUAGUAGACUUGGCCACCCUGUACCCCGCUGAAGAGACGGCAACACGGAUUGCAUACAAAGUGGUUGUAUUGUCUGUGACUACUGUUGGUGGAAGUCUACUACUUUUACCUGUCUUCAAACCCCCGGGUAUUUUUAACCGUACUCUGUACAUUCAAAAUAAGUAAGAUCAGAUAAUGCUGCUUUUAUGAGGGGGGACCGAAGCACCUAGAUGUUUUCAAACAAGAAAAACGGGGCUAUGUUACUGCUAGCUGAUAGGUCAGACAAUGAGAUUUUUUACACUUCUGUACAAUGCAACCAUUGGGAUUUCCCUUCUGACUUGGGAGCCAAUUUAUUUGUUUUAUUAGUGAUUCGGAAAAAGAUGAAAAACCAGGUCUUCAUUGUCAAUCUCAUCUGUUUAAGGGAAAAGUUCACCCAAAAAUGUAAAUUCUGUUAUUUGCUCACCAACUUUUACUCCUCUGCGGAACACGAAGGAUGCUUUGAAGAAGGUCCAUGCCGAUCUUUUUCAUACAAUGAAAGCAUACAAUGAUCAGGGGUUGUCAAGCUCCAGCAGGGCAAAAUUAAAAUCAUACUGAUCAACCCCACCUAUAGGUCACACUGCAUAUUGUUGCUGUCCCUCCGAAAUUUGAUGUCCAAAUUCGCUGUUUUUCAUUUUUUUAAUUGAUUUAAAUACCGUGUUGUCAAAGUCAACAGGCACUUUUUAAUACUUUUUUAUUGAUUAGAUAUUUGCUAAACCCAGGGACAAACACAAAGGGUGACUAAUAAUAAUGAUUCAUGGCAAAAAUAAAAAAACAUGGAGACAGCAGUGAUAUUCAGAAUUUUUUGUGUAAAAAUCAUUGCAGUUUGGCAUCAGUGAUGUGGAUGGUGUGACGCUUCUUGACAUUUAAAUAUGCACAUUCGUAUAUGAGGGCUAGUGUGAAAAAAGUUGAUCAGAUACUGUAUAUUAAUUUACAUUUUUCCUGAAUAAAGUCAGCCGGGUUUGGAACAUUAUGAGGAUGAGAAAUGACAGAAGGUUUUUGGGUGGAUUAUUUCUUUAAAAUGCAUUGCCACAAUGCUGGUGUGCAUGCAUUUAUUAUUCACGCAAAAUGCACUUGCUUGUGAAAUCAUGAGUAUACGCAUGUCCAUUUAUUUGAGAAAGAAAGCAGACACCCAGCUACCUGUAACGUUCACCCGAUAUGAAAAUUCUCUCAUCAUUUACUCAUUUUAUUGCAAACCUGUAUGACUUGCAGAAAACAAAAGAAGAUAUUUUGAAGAAUGUAGGUAACCAAACAACAUUGAAUCCCAUUGACUUCCAUUGUCACAAGAAAUGUCACAAACCACAGAGACAUUUCUCAAAAUACCACCUUUUGUGUCAUAUACUGGUUUUGAAUGACAUAUGGAUGAAUAAAUGCUAACAGAUUUUUUUUAUUUUUGGUUGAACUAUCCCUUUAAAUCUUUAUUAGACAGACGUUUUAUAAGAAUAUACACUCUCCUUAAAGCUUGCAUGGAAGUUUGUUUGCCAAUACUAAACACAUUUUUGAAAACCAUAGCAAAAUCCCAAUGUGCCUCUGUCAUGUUUCCAUCCUGCAGAAAACAGCAUUCUCGACAUGUCUAAGUUAUAUUUAAAAAAUGAUUCUUAAAGGGACAGUUCUAUCAAAAAUGAAAGAUCUGUCAUCAUUCACUCAUCCUCCUGAUGUUUCAAACCUGUUUGACUUUAUUCUGCAUUUCUUUCGGUGUUCACAAUUUAGGCCCCACAUGACAACUAAUGCCAUUUAGCAUCAAGUGCAUCAAACAUUUUGUGCUAAGGUUAAUUUGAAUAAGGUUAAUAAUUUAGGUUGUUUUGCAUGUACUGGCCCUUUAAGAGAUGUUUCUUUGUGAUAUUAUUUUCUAGACAAUUAAGCACAUUUUAUCUCCAAGUCUCAUUACUGUGACUUUUGUAUGUUUGCUUUGGAGUUUGUAAAUCUUGUUCUCAAAGAUGAUUCUCAUUAGAUUCUAGAAUUAUUCUUUCUGGACACAGUUAUUAAAACUAGCUUACAUUGAUUUAAGGCACUACAACAAAUUCUACAAUUAUAAAAAAAUGUUUUAGAAUUUCAAUAUUUGAACAUGGGAAGCAAUCUUCUACGCCGUGCAAUAGGCUUUGUUUUCUUUUAAGCAAAAAAUAAUUUCUUGUUUGUUUUGUAUUGACCUGGUCACAGAGGUUUCCAGCAGCCAACCUGCUGAAACCUCAAAAGUCAACACAGCGUUUUCUUACACCCUAGCCAAUGGCACAAUGCACUGUCUAAAAGUCUUAUUUCAUUCCAUACUAAUAUCCCCCCAGAGGUUUACUCUGAUUUAUAACUGUGGAUAUUUUGUCCUUUGGAAGUAUUAGAACUGAAAUGUACCAAGAUGCUUCUAGUUAAAUUAGUCCUGCUUUGGUAAUAACUGUAGCGAUGUGUAAAGCUUUUUGGUACUCGAGAGGCAGAGAGAACAGUGUACGUGUGUAGUUAAUGUAUGAAUGCGAGAACUAUGUAUUUGCUAGUUGUUAAUAGUGAAUUCUUGCACAAUUGGUUUUGAUGUUUCAAUGCAUCAUAUUGAGGAACAGUGGGUUGAAUUUUGUCAUUGUGUGGAACAGUAUGAUCCCGACUUCAUUUGGUCUUUGUUUUGGAAUUGUGUUGUUUAUUUUAACAGCUUUUAAACAGUCUGGGCUGUGCUGUGAGGUUGUUUGCACCGGUGUCAUUACAAUGAAACUGUGAAUUUACUCUUUUAUAGACUUACCGUAUUUUACUUGCUGCUAAAGAGCAUUUUCCUGCAUUUCCUGCAUUUUUUUGUUGUUGCUGUGAACAGAUUUACAUAUAGACUUUCAUCCAGUUCUUGUUGAUGGAUGUAACAAUGAUUUAUUGAUAUUGUUGGGUAAAUCCAUUCACCACAACACUGAACAAUGUCUGAGGACCAAUCUUUUCCCAGCUUGUUUUGGUUGUCAAUGCCAAUUACUUUGCAGUAUAAUGCAUUUUCAUAGCUGCUUAUUUUAUGAUAUUAAGUUUUUUUUAUUAACGCAUUUUUUCAAGUAACAACCUUUUUAAUUUUGUGUAAACUGUUUUCUUUGUUACAUGACGUGCCAUGCACAGUAUUGUGUCUGUCGGGUAUAUUUGUGUUGCCUUGUUUUACAGUUACUUGCCAUAUUGUGUUACAUUAUGUACCAACGACACUUGGAAUAUUUUUAUGUUCAAGGCCCUAAUUUCCUAUAUUCUAGUAUUACUAAGUGCUUAUUUUCCUAGACAUUUUAUGACAAUUUUAUUAUAUGAAGUACAAUAAAUAGCAAGGGGUAACAAGUCCUUGUGUAGUAACGACAAACACUCGCUGAACCCACCAGAUUGUUAAGUAGAUCCAUUUGUUGUUUUUAGUGUGUUAUGCAUUAGAAGUUUGUGAUGCGUUAUGUGUAAUAUCAUAACUGAAGAGCUGAACCCACAACUGCAACUCAAUUCAAUACCUAAAAUGUUUCAUUUAAGCAAUUCUGUUUGUGUACCUUUUGAUUUGAUUUUCAAUAUAUAUAGACUGUAAGUUAAUACAUUUCAUCAAAUAAACAUGGUUAUGACACUA